CUCGCCAUGGCUGCCACAGGAGAGACGGGUCCCAUCACGGCGCCGCUGGCCAUCAACAUGGUCAUCGCGGGCUUCUUCGCCGUGGCCUGCUACAACUGCGUCGAGAUCCUCAUCUCCUUGCUGAACCGCUUCAAACGCCACGAGGGCCUCUACUUCUGGAGCAUGCUCACCGCCACCCUGGGCAUCGCCCUGCACUCCAUAGUAGUCCUGCUGCGCUACUACAGCCUCGGCCCCAAUUUCCCGCUCUGCGUCUUGACCUGUAUCGGAUGGUAUGGCAUGGUCACGGGCCAAUCUGUCGUUCUCUACUCGCGACUUCACCUCAUCGUCGACGACAAGACAAAGACGCGCUGGGUUCUCGGCAUGAUUAUUACCAAUUUCUUUAUUCUUCACGUACCCGUCACCGUUUUAUUCCUCGGCAGCAACACCAAGGAUUCUCACCGCUACCUGGCCGCCUUUAAUAUCUACGAGCGCAUCCAACUCGCAGGCUUCUUCCUCCAGGAAUCCAUCAUCUCAGGUUUUUAUAUCUGGGAAACCGCACGGGGCCUCAAGCCCAUUUUUGUCAUCAAAAAAGCCCUGGAGCGCAAAAUCAUCAGGAACCUCAUAAUCGUCAACAUUCUCGUCAUCCUUCUCGACAUAAGCCUGCUCAUUACCCAGUACCUCAGCCACUUCCAGAUCCAGACGACAUACAAGCCCGUGGUCUACAGCAUCAAGUUGAAGAUGGAGUUUGUCGUGCUGAACAAGCUGCUGCUGCUCGUGCAGCACAAAGACUGCAAUUGCAUGCAUAUGAAUGCUGAUUCCGGAGGUAUCGCUGCCAUUGAUGACGACAUCCAGUUGCAUCCAGUUCCAGAAGCCGCCAAUAAUGUGUCGUCAAGGACAAACAAUCGUGGCCAGCCAAGGACUUCUCCAUUCAACUUGUUUCACAUGUCGGAUCCUUACUGUAUGUUUGCGAGUCCAUGCUUUUUCUUGCUGAUGUUGAGACCCUGA